GGGAUUCCGCGAAGUACUUUCUUUCAGAAGAGAACAGAGAGCAGCGGCAUUGAGUUGACGCAUUUAGGAAGAAAGGAAGGAAGGAGCAAAGUUUCAACCCAUUCUGAUUUAGUUUGUAUACUAUUUGGAAUAGACAUAGAGGGUUUUAUUCAGCGACUUGUGUGUUGCUUUUAUUCUUCGCCUGAAUUUUCUACGGAGCACUGCCAUCCUAACCGCUUUGGGAAAGACACGUGCAGGCGCAAAGCCACGUUUUCUGGGAGUCAUCUGUAUCCAGAUGCGUCUAUGAUGAGAACCUGUAACCUUUCUUUAUCAUAAAAUUUAGUCGUUGUUAUAAAUAUUUGGAGUUGGUAACUUGUAGAGGAUUUUGUGUGAUUAUGACAGACGUUGAUAUUGCAACAAAAUCUUUGGUGGUGUCAAACGGUUUGAGCGGUGACUGCUCAGACAAACUAGUCGGCGAGGAGGACAGUCAAGAGAGUCGGACUCUAUUAAUGGUGGCAAUGAUUCUGCUGGACCUAAACCAAUGUAUCCCGUGCACUCGUGGCACUGGCAUCAGCACCAAAUGUAUGGUGGACAGCGAUGCGGAGAAUCAAGCCGGCGGUAGAGAAAACCGGGAAAAAUGCAUGAAUGCGUUAACAGAGCGCUGCAGGGUGAAAAGGACACGGAACCGACAGUCCGGGCGUGUUGCAGCUGAGAAGAGACACUGUUGUCCGUAUGCUGGCUGUGGUAAAAUAUAUGGCAAAUCGUCCCAUCUCAAGGCGCACUUCAGAGUACACACCGGUGAGAGACCCUUUCAUUGUACCUGGCCAGACUGCGCGAAGAAAUUCUCACGCUCUGACGAGCUGACGCGACACUUUCGCACGCACACCGGGGAGAAGCGUUUCAUGUGUCCGCUUUGUGACAAAUGCUUCAUGCGAAGCGAUCACCUCACCAAACACGCCCGCAGACACGACGGAUUCGACCCCAGCAUGCUACAGGGUCCCACCGGAAGAAGACGACGUUCUUCGACGUCCACGUUAUCCACUGGGUCCGGUGAUCACAUGACAGCAGGCCUUUGAGCAGCAAACCCAUCAUAUUCUCAAUGGGACCGACAGAAAGCAUCAACCCUUAGGGAAAUGAAAUGUAAUGGACAUUUAUUCCAAGGGUUAGGCUACUUUAAAUAAAUAAAGAGGAUGAGGCUAUUACACAAUGCGUUGAAGGAAGACGUGCUGGUUUAGACAUCACCUGUUGUGCAUUGUGAAACAAACGCGCGUAUCGAUGAUCAUACAGGCGUCUCUCGCCUUGAAUUCUUCAAUGUUGUGUUAUUUAGGGCAGUGGAUUUCAACCUUUUUAACAACAAGGCCCCCAAUCUCCAGAAGAAACAUUUAAAGGUCCCCCACAGUUUCUACCCAAUAAAAUAUUCUAGAGCUUUUGCAUAACUAGAAAGAUGUAGGCUAUGUUUCUUAUAAAAGUCACCAAACACUAAUACAUAUAGAUUUUUGUAGUUUUAGCUUAUUGUAAUGCUUGUUUUGUCACAUUCUGAAUAAUUUUUAGUCGUCUUGAGGCCCUCUAGUGGCCCCUAGUUGACAAACUCUUUUUAGGGGGAUAAUGGUUGUCUUCAAGGUUAAAGAUAGCUCUUGUAGUACAAAAUAACUUGAGGCUUCACGUUCGCUUUGUGUGAGGUUUUACUCACACAAUCAUGCUGUUGCGUUGUUUAAGCAAUGUCAGAACAUUUAAUAAUAGCCAUAUCUUACUGACUCAUCUUAAUAUCAAUAAUGCAAUAGAUUGUAACUUAUUUUUUGAUGUAUAACUGCAUAAAAGAUAAACUUUAUUUAGAUCACCAAUAAAAUAUUACAUAUGUAUUUAAUGUCAGCCUUCGUAAUGGGUACUGUAGAGAAGAGCAAGACAGAGUGACACUGCCAUCUACAGGUGUGUUACGGGAGUACACAUUAAAAGAUGUGCCUAUGACCUCGAGACAGGGUUUAUUUUUAUUGACAAGUUCAGCUUGACUUCAAGAGAAGUCUUUCCACUGUUCACCUCUGUACUUGAAAUAUCCAUAAAUGUCAAUCAAAUCUAGAUUCAAUACGAAUCUUCCAUGAUGACAGCCAUUUUGCUUUAGAAAAACACAGAAGCACAAACUGAUUUUCGCAUGUAAAUUAUACUCUGUGAUACACACAUACAUCUUUAUUCAAACCCAGUUGUAUACAUUCUUUUUAUAUUUUAUAUUAUUAAUACUGAUAAACAGGCAUUUGGCUUUUAUUGUCACAAAAAUGUCUGCUAAUUUCUUUUCAAGGUUCCAUUCAUUGGUUCUUACUCUGUGGUUUUAAAGUGAGCUUGAAUUCAGGUAGCAGGUCCUUUUUAAAUACAGUACAGUGUUGUUGUUAUACUAAUGCGCUCAGAUGUGCCUUCUGUUUUGAUGUUCCUUCAAUUUUGCUACUACCUAAGCUUGUAUAAUGUAAGCAAGCUACUGAGAAAAACUUUAAUCCAUUUUAGUCCUCUCAGUUGCACAAUCUGAAAGGAAAUGUUGCAAUUAAAUGUUAUGUAUAUGUGUAUCUGCAAGAUUUUGAGCCACUGCAUUGUACAUAAAUACUCUACUUUACAUCAAUACAAUGUACUGUGAGUGCAACAUUCAUAUUCUGUCUUGAAUUGUGUAUACAGGAUAAGUAAUAAAAAUGGGAUUAUAUGUGUUAAA